AUGGGUAAUCACAGCAUAAAAACAACUAAACGCAAAAGGGCACGGCUAAGUGAACUACGAGAGCAUAUGAAUAAUAUAAGGUUUCAUAAACAGAAGGCGGCAUUUCGACCUAAAACCCUAGCAGUCCUAUGUGAAAGAGUAAUUCAUAAAUACAAACUCCUACCCGAGAAAAAAAAGUUCACAACUCCCGAGACAUUUUCCGUUGUUGGUGGAAAACCAUUAAGAAAGAGAUCAGAAAAACCGCUGCUAGACAAAAAAGAAAAGAAAGGAAAAAAUCCAAAAAGCCUAGUGGCGCUUUGCCGAAUUGUCAUCAAAAAAUACAAUAUUUUACCUCAAUGCGAAGAGACUGAACGACCGGCAUCUAACCAAUUACUAAUUGAAAAAAGCGAACCUUCAAGAAAACGGGGAAGACCGCGGAAGUCAGAAUCAAUCAAACCAAUUAAGGAAACACCUACAAGAAAGCGGGGAAGACCACGCAAAGAUCAGACGACAUCACAUGAAUAUGGCGAAGCUUCCAUUAGUUACUCGACUUUUCUAGAACAAUCACAGGAUAUGGGAAAAAUCAAAGUAGAACAAGACCUCUUCUCUGAAAACGAUCCUUUACAACAAGGUGAAGAUGAUUACACAGUUAUAAUAAAAGAAGAACGCCUCGACAUUGAACACGAAGACUUCACUGAGCGUGUUUCUGUCACUGUCGAAGUUCCUCAAGGUGCAGCUCAAGGAAUAAUCAUAAACCCAAUGGCCCAAGUAGAAGUACCUGAUCCUUAUGGACGGAUAAUAGAGGCAAAAACUAUGACCGUAGUCAUGGAUGAAUACCAGAUAUUUGCCAACAGUAUAGCUGAACAAUUACGAGCAUUGCCUCCCAAUAGAGCGUUACUGCUGCAACUUGAUAUUCAAUCUAUGAUCGAUAAUGAAAAACAGCUUAUUGGACAUGAAAGUUAAUGUGACACUUCCGUGUAUAAAACACAUGUGAUAUGUUAGUUUUAUUAUAAUACUACUGACAGUGCUCAAAGACUGAUUGAUAUUAUUGGACUGGUUAUUAAUAUAACUGGAAUUUCAUCAGUGAUUAAUAUUAAUAUUGAAUUUCUUCUAGUGUUACAAUUUAUAUUUUAAGUGCAUUGUGAUACUCUUUAUUUUAACUUUAAGUUUUUUUGUGUAGCUAAACGUUUCUUUUUUCAACGCAAAGAAGAUAUUGACACUCAAAUAAUUGC